AUGUUGGUCCCAUUGUUAGCAACAUGUGCAAUUGGACUCGUUCUAGGCUGGUUGCUCGUGUCUACUAGACGUCCCGCUAAUCUCCCUCCCGGUCCGAAACGUAUCCCGGUAUUUGGCAACUUAUUCCAAACACCUUCCAACCUGCUCUUCACCAAACUUACGGAAUGGUCUAAGGAAUACGGAGGUAUAUUCUCGUAUGAUGUCAUGGGACAACCUAUCAUCGUGCUCUCUGCCGCCCAAGAGGCUGGUGAUGUCCUUGACCGUCUGUCGGCAAAAACCUCCGAUCGGCCGCCGUUGAUCAAAGCGGGAGAAUUCUUGUGCAAAAACAUGCAGAUGACAUUCCUUCCGAGGGGCAAGAGAUGGAGGACGAUGAGACGUGCCGCCCAUGAAAGCCUCAAUGUCCGCGUCGUGAAGGACUACGCUCCAAUGUUGAAAGACGAAGCGACGAUUCUGGUCGAGGGCCUGGUAGAUCAUCCCGAUAUUCCUGUCUCCGGUCAUAUCCACCGAGUUGCAGCAUCUAUGGGAUGGAGGAGUAUAUUUGGCCACGAGGCUAUACCCCUGCUAGGACCUGAUCCAUCACAUCGGAUCGAAGAAUUGGCUGCUGAGAUGUCGGUUGCAAUGCUUCCCGGAGGCUCGGUUGUAGACGUCUUCCCCAUGCUCAAGCCUAUCAUCGCCAGAAGCAAGUUCCUCAGGAAACAUGCUGACCGCUGGUUCGAAGAGCUGUCGUCCUGCUUCCUACAUGCGUAUUCUACGGACCAGAUCGAAGGGCAGUUGUCUGUUAGUGGCACGUUGAAAGAGACAGGCGAGAAACUCGGCCUCACAGCACAUGACGGUGCAUGGAUAGGUGCUGCCCUCUUCUUUGCAGCGGAGGAUACUACUGCAUGCUCUCUACUCUGGUUCAUUUACGCGAUACUGCUGUAUCCCGAGACUGCCAGCGCCGCUCGUCAACAGCUUGCUGAUAUCGUUGGAGAUCGACCACCAGAGUUUUCCGAUCGAGACAAGCUGCCCCACAUCGAGGCUCUGGUCAAAGAAGUCUUACGAUGGAGACCUCCUGUUCCGAUGAGCAUUGGACAUGCAGCCUCCGAGGACUUCGAAUACAAAGGAUACACCAUUCCCAAGGGAGCGGUUGUCGUGGCUAAUCUCUACGGAAUCGGUCGAGAUCCGAAGUUGUAUUCUGACGGAGAGCGCUUUGAUCCUGCGCGAUUUAUCGAUAAGAACGGCCAGCUGAAGCAGCCGGCUCGCGAUUCGAAGGAUGACUAUCUCUGCUUUGGACAUGGCCGCCGCAUCUGUCUCGGCAAAGACAUUUCCAUUGAAUCCCUUUGGAUAACGUUCGCCUAUCUUUUGUGGGCAUUUGACAUCAAGAAAAGGCGAGACUCGAAUGGGGACGAAGUGAAUGUUUUCGAGCCAGGUUUCCUCGAUAAGGGUGCUACGCUUGAGCCGGUUCCGUUUCCCCUGCAACUUUGUCCUCGGUAUAUCGAUCUCAAAGAACGGUUAAAGGCUGCAAAUCAUGGGGCGUGA